UACAAUAAAAUUUUGAUAAUUAUGUGGAUAUCUCAUAUAACGAAUCUAAAUCCUCAUACGUGUCUACUCUGAUGAAAAAUGGCAUAUGAACCACAAAAAACUGACCUAAUCAAAUAUGCAAAUGGGUUGAAUAAAUUGAUUAGAGAUUUCGAUGAAAUAUAUCGACAACAACAUUGUCAUCCAUAUCAACAAUUGUAUCAAUAUAUGGAGCAAAUCAUCUCAGAAAUCAUAAAGAUUCAAUGGAACAUCAUACACCUGUUGAAUGAAUGGAAACGUUCGCAACAAAAAUCAAUUAUUGUCGGAACAAUUGAUAUGUCCAUUUUUGAUGAUAUUCAAAGAUGCAAUACAUUCAUCAUCAAAUUCUAUUUAAAUUUUUUAACGGUAAAUGAAAUGUGUAAUAAUGAAUGGUUUUCGAAUUUCUCACAGGAAAUCGGACAUCAAUUACAAUCAUUGCUGCAGAAUGCAUUCGUAGUUAUAGAGCAACCAUGUUCAAAUAUUCUGAAACACGAUCCAUUGACUAUUAUUUCUAAUGCAAAGUUUGAGGUGAAAAUCGGUCUACUCUUUAGCUAUCAAUUGUUACCCAAUAAUUGCAAGAAAUGGCUCGAAUCUUUGGAUAUGCGACUUUUAGCUGAAGAUGAAAUCCGUUUAGUUAUGAAUGAAGGACUAGAUGCGAUUCGACUUCGAAAAUCAUCAUUUAACAUAAUCAACAAAGUGGAACCAAUAUUGAACAUUGAAAAUGAAAUCUUGACCAUUAUGAUUACAUGCAACCUUAAAGUGGACAUCAAUCGUCGUGGUCAUAAUCCAAAAGCCAUACCAGUGACAGAGAAUAAAUUCAAAUUCAUCUUUUGGCUUGGCAUUGAUUUUCCGGGGCUGAAAUUUACAUUGCAUACAUUUUCAUUGCCAGUAAAUGUACUUAGUCGUAAAGAUUAUCGUAAUUCAUAUGCAACAAUCAUCUGGGAUAAUGCGUUUGCAGUAGAUAAUCGUAAAAUGUUUGAAACCCGUACAUCGGUUGCAUGGUCCGAACUGGCCAUCGUUUUGAAUGAAAAAUUUCAUAAAGAUGUAGGCGUCUAUCUAAGCCAGGAACAUUUGAAUUUUAUUCGCACAAUGAUACCGAACGGUAAUGAAUAUAAUAAAGAUUUGAUAACUUGGGAACAAUUUGCCAAAACACCAUUACCGAUGAGGCAGUUUACAUUUUUCGAAUGGUUCUACAAGAUUCUUAUUCUGGUUCGUGAUUACCUCAAAAAAAUGUAUACCGAUGGUCUCAUUCAUGGAUUCAUUUCGUCAGAAAUGUCUGAGAAACUACUGCAAGGAUGUAUAGAUGGCACAUUUUUGAUUCGAUUCAGCGAAACAUUUUGCGGUGCCAUCACCGUUGCUUAUGUCCAGAACAGAAAAUUUGACAAACUAUUACCAUGGGAUUUGGAUCGAUUAAAAAAAAUGUCCGUUUCACAUACGAUCAAAUCUGCUGAUUUUCUUCUUUAUCUUUAUCCAAAUAUACCUAAAAAUGAUGUUUUUUGCAAAUAUUAUGUUCAUAAUAAUGGAAUGAUCCGAUCGAUUACCGGUAAAGAUUAUAGUUGUGAUACCGAUAUUGCCACACAGGUUUCACCUAUCAAUGAUAUCGAACAAAUUAGCAACUCAUAAAAUUUAAAGUUUUAUCCAUUUAAAUUUGCUCAAUUUUCAUAGAUUUUACUUAAAGAAUUGAUUAAAUUUUUUUCAUGUCAUUCAUCUU